AUGGCCGUCCACCACCUCCUCCGGCGCGGGGUCUCCAGCGGCUCACAGAUCCACCCUCUCCGCGGCCUCUUCCACGCCUCCCAGGAGCUUGGACGGCACCAGUUGAGCUCCGCGGCGGCGGGGGACGCAGCGGCCGAGCUGAGGGGCGCGCGGGAGGACGUCAGGCAGCUGCUCAAGGCCACCUCCUGCCAUCCCAUCCUGGUUCGAUUAGGUUGGCACGAUGCUGGUACCUAUGACAAGAACAUUACUGAGUGGCCCAAGUGCGGUGGAGCUAAUGGUAGCUUGAGAUUUGAAGUCGAGUUAAAGCAUGGGGCCAAUGCUGGUCUUGUGAAUGCUCUGAAGCUAAUCCAACCGAUCAAGGACAAGUUUUCAGGUGUUACCUACGCAGAUCUGUUUCAGCUUGCCAGCGCCACAGCCAUUGAGGAAGCAGGUGGCCCCAAAAUUCCCAUGAUCUAUGGAAGGGUUGAUGUUAUUGCCCCUGAACAAUGCCCACCAGAGGGGAGGCUUCCUGCUGCUGGCCCACCUUCACCUGCGGAACAUUUGCGUGAAGUAUUCUACAGAAUGGGCCUGAACGACAAGGAAAUUGUUGCACUGUCAGGAGCUCAUACACUUGGACGGGCAAGACCAGAGCGUAGUGGCUGGGGUAAACCAGAAACAAAGUACACUAAAGAUGGGCCUGGUGCACCUGGGGGGCAAUCUUGGACAUCUCAAUGGCUCAAGUUUGACAACAGCUAUUUCAAGGCUAUCAAAGAAAGGCGAGAUGAGGACCUCCUAGUUCUGCCUACUGAUGCCGUGCUGUUUGAGGAUUCCUCAUUCAAGAUCUAUGCUGAAAAGUACGCCAAGGAUCAGGAUGCAUUUUUCGAGGACUACGCUGAAGCUCAUGCCAAAUUAAGCAAUCUUGGGGCAAAGUUUGACCCGCCAAAGGGUAUCUCACUUGAGUAG